UGCAUGCUGGGAGGCGGCGCGGCCUGUGCCACUAUGGCUUUUGUUCCCGCGUCUCCUCGCUGAGCUGCCCGCUCGCAGCAGCCGCAGCCUCCUCCUCCUCCUCGUCGCCGCCCUCACCUCUUCUUGCUGUCGUUCUCGACCGUCUUGGGUUCAACAUCUGUGUGAGCGGCGCGGACUGCAGCAUGCUGACGGCGCUGGGCGGGAGAUGGCCGCUCCAAGACCACAGCGCCUGACGCGCUCCACCGCCAGCGGCGGCGGCGCCAACGGCCUCGACGACAAUUUCUGCGGCCGCAGCCUCCGCAACCGCACCGUCAGCUUCCCUCCCCCGGUCCCGCCGGUGCCCCCCUCGGUGCCCACGCCGCCCGUACCGGUCUUCGCGCCGCCGGCCCCCGCACCGCCUCCCCCCGGCGAGGACGAGGCCUCUCAGGCAUCCAGGACGACGCAGGCCGCCGCGGCGGGGCCACCGCUGCCGGCGCCACCGCCAACGCGGUGCAGGCCCGAGUCUGGGGUGGCGCCAGCGGCCACGGGGCCCGGACCGGCAGCCGGAGCCGGAGGCGGAGCGGCUGGGGGGCGCGACGGCUCGUGCUGGACCCCCGGGACACGCAAGCGCACGCCUUCCUCCAAGGACACGGAACUGUCGCCCUCCUCAGCUGCCGUGGUGGCGGUGGCGGCGGCGGCGGCCGUGCCUCCGCCGGUGCCCAAGCGAGCCAAGCGCUGCUCUCGUUCGGAGACCAUUGAGCCGGCGAGUGGGGACAGGAAGAAGGAGGCGCUGCCGAUUACCCCCGGUGUGUGCAGCGGCGGAAAAAACGCUGGAACAACCGAGAAUUCCAUCCAGGAUUGCGCCAAUGAUGAUGAUGAUGAUGACGAAGGCAGUGGCGGUGGUAACAAAUGCGAGGCACAGGACAAUCUGCUGGUCCGCUUGGACAACGGUGGCCUGGACGCUGUGGAAAAGGCCAGCGCCACCCCCGUUGCCAGCGCCGACAACGCGGAGACCACGAACGGAUGCGAUAGCGACGCGCAAAGCGCAUUCUUGGUGACGGGCGAGCUGGUCUCUGAGUUAAGCGAGCUCGCGAACGGGGGAGCCAGCAUUUGCGCCGAGCCCACACCACACCUCGCGCCCCCCUGUGCUGCGUCACCACCGGUGGGGCUGUGCGUGGAGGAGGCUCACACAGCUGGUACGAGUGCCACGACGGCGCACCAGCCCCACAGUGUGAAAGCACCAGCCCCGGACCAUGUGGGCGCGGUCACGGAGGGAUGCCCAAGCUCUCCUGACCGACAGCAGCAACCGUGUAAAGCACCUGGAGUCACCGUGGUUGCAUCUCCCGCUACCACCGCCGCCCCUCCAGUAGCUCCCAAAACGCCGCUGAGGACUUCGCCGCGAAAGGGCAAAGGUCGGCACGCGGGCCAGGCGGCUGCGGCGGCAGACAGUGUGACCGGAGCACCGCCCGGUCCUACCGAGAUGCCGCAGAAGGCGGAGGGGGUGAGCGAGGCGACUUGUGCGAUGGUGGCGCAAGCAGAGGCCUGCGGGAAAGUGAGCAAAGUGCAACCGGCGCCGGAGGUAGAGGAGCCGGAGGAGGAGCAGGAGGAAGAGGAGGAAGAUCCGGAUGUGUAUUACUUCGAGUCGGAUCACGUGGCCUUAAAACACAACAAGGACUACCAGCGGCUGCUACAGACCAUCGUGGUGCUGGAGGCCCAGCGAGCACAGGCCAUCCGCGACGUGGACAGCAUGACAGCGCAGCAGCGUGCCGCGCUAGCUGACCCCAUCACCUUCGUACAGCAGAUACAGAACAAGGAACCUCUGGGCUUGCCAACACCGCAAAGGGUGGUGCAGCUGCCUCCGCUGGCGUGGGACCAUUACACGUCGGGGGUCGCCGCCUUCCCCAUGGAGGAGGCCUCCGGCAAGAGGCACUGCACACGCAGACUCAAGCUCAGCUUCGACAAAGGCUACCCAAUACGCCCGGCAAGUCCCCUUGACGUGUCCAAACGGAAAGCGUCCAUCGAGGGCCCACGGGAGGCCGAGGGCGAGGCCCAGGGCGUGCCGAAGUUGUUCCCGCCCCUCGCCGAGGCCGCCAGCUCCUCAGCCGCUCUUCCCCCUAACAGCAACAACAACAACAGUGGCGGCAGCAGCGGCAGCAACAACGUCAACAACAUUUGCAGCAACAACAGCAACAGUGGCAGCAACAGUGGCAGCGAGUGCAGUCUGGGGGGUGACGGGCUGACGCCGGGGUCCUCGCACAUGGGGCUCGUGGUACGGGGACGUCUGUGCGAGGGCCAAAAGCCUGAGACGUUCAACCAGCUGUGGACGGUGGAGGAGCAGAAGCGGCUCGAGGAGCUGCUGGUGCAGCACCCGCCCGAGGAAGUGGAGGCUCGGCGCUGGCAGAAGAUCGCCACCGCCCUUGGCAACCGCACACCCAAGCAGGUGGCCAGCAGAGUGCAGAAGUACUUUAUCAAGCUGGCUAAGGCCGGCCUGCCCGUGCCCGGGCGCACUCCCAACCUCUUCAUGUACACCAAGAAGCAGCAGGGCCCCAGCCGCCGCCACCACCCGCUCAACCGCCACCUCCUCAGGCCGUCGACAUUCAUGAGCUCCCACCACCCGCCCGUCUACAUGGAGGAGGAGGAGGACGAGGAGGGUGACGAGGGCUGCAUGCACGGCCUCGUGGGAGGCCGCAUGGGGGCGACCGUUGACGACGACUCGUCGGACGAGGAGGGAAUCCCGCCGGCGCUCAGGCUCACGCCCGAGUACCAGGAGCUGGUGCAGCUGAAGCGCCUGCGCAGGCAGAGGCUGGAGGCGAUGCAAGCGCAGAGCGCGUAUGUUCAGCACCACGGAUACAGGUGCGACGCGUGCGGUGCGGAGCCGAUCCAGGGUGUGCGGUGGCGCUGCAGCGAGUGCCCCAGCGAUCGCACCGUCGACUUCUGCGACUCCUGCGCCGACUGCCUGUACGAGACGGACUCGCACAAGGCGGCGCACAGGCUGGAGCCCGUGUACCGCGCCGAGUGUGGCCUCCUGGACCGAGACUACUGCAUGGCGGAGAGCGGCAGCUACAACUACUUGGACCCCAACUACUACCCGGCCAACAGGUGAAGGGGGCGGCCACGCCCCUCCCAAGCCACCUCCGCCGCAAACGCUGGAGGGCACCACCCCACGGCCCCCCCACCCCGCCCGACCUGCGGAGUGUGAGCCGCCGUGACCUGACCCGAACUCCGACUGGGACUUUAACUCCCCCCGCCUCUGGCGUCAGCUGUUCCGCAACGCCUGCGCGGCCGUCGCUUCGGUCGCGCUUGUUGCGGUUGUUGCUGUUGUGGUUGGCGGUGGGUCGAUGUUCUCGGGCCCGCGUUGACCAGACUCUGGACGCCCAUCUGGGACUCGCGCUCCGCGUGGUUUCGCCCGUUUCCAGCGACCGCGCAGCCGUCGCUCCGGUCGUGGCGGUGGCGGCCGCGGCCGGACAGAAGUGGCCGUGGUUGAGGGACUCGGAGCACAAACCUCGGUGGUCACUCCGAAGGUGGCGAGCGGGCGGGCAGGCAUGUGGGCGCUCGCGUGGGCGCAUGCGCGAGUGUGUGGAGUUCGUUUUUUUUCAUGGGGACUCAAGUGUGUGUGAGUGCGUGAGUGUGAAUGGAGGGAAAAUCUUUACGCGUGAACGUGUCUUUGAUGUGUUGUGGUGUGUAUAUGUAUAUAUUCAGUGUGUGUUACGGAGUGUAUGUAUGGGUGUGCGUUGUUGUCUAUAUGUGUUUGUACAUAGCGUACGAGUGGGGGUGUGUCUGUUUGUGCGUGUGUACGAGUGAGCGGUGUGCUGUACGGUGUGUGUGUCGUGUAUAUAGCGUGUACGAGAGGGCUGUGUGAGUGGGCGUGUGUGUGUUUGUGCGUGUGUACG